GAGAGGCGCUCCGAGCCCCGGGCUCGCCGCCUGCCCAGCCGCGGCUGCUCGCCAGCCCCCGGGAUUUACACGGUUCUCCGGCGGCAGCUCAAACUCUUGGGUUUCCUCCGCCGCGCUAUCCUCCGCGGUGGCACCGUUUGGCGAAGAGAUCUGUUGUUAUAAAGCCUGGACCUCCGGAGGAGAUGGAAGUUUUUUCCCUCAUCCUGGUCGUGUCCGUCUGUUGGACUCGAACCUGGAAAGCGGCUAUUGCGGAUUCAAUCAUUCAUAUCGGGGCAAUUUUUGACGAAUCUGCCAAAAAGGAUGAGGAAGUUUUUCGGAUGGCAGUUGCUGAUCUCAACCAGAAUGAUGAAAUCUUGCAGACAGAGAAAAUCACCUGCUCAGUGACCUUCGUGGAUGGCAACAACCCCUUUCAGGCCGUGCAAGAAGCCUGUGACCUGAUGAACCAAGGCAUCCUGGCCCUCGUUAGCUCCAUUGGCUGCACCUCAGCAGGCUCCCUGCAGUCUCUGGCAGAUGCCAUGCACAUCCCUCACCUCUUCAUCCAGCGCUCCACGGCAGGAACACCGCGGAGCGGCUGCGGGCUCACCAGGAGCAGCCGCAAUGACGACUACACGCUCUCCGUCCGGCCCCCUGUCUACUUGAAUGAUGUCAUCUUGAGGGUGGUCACCGAGUAUGCCUGGCAGAAGUUCAUUGUUUUUUAUGACAGUGACUACGAUAUCCGUGGAAUACAAGAGUUUCUGGACAAAGUGUCUCAGCAGGGAAUGGAUGUGGCUUUGCAGAAAGUAGAAAACAACAUCAACAAAAUGAUCACCGGGCUCUUCGCCACCAUGCGAAUAGAGGAACUGAACCGCUACCGGGACACCCUGAGACGAGCCAUCCUCAUCAUGAACCCCUCUACAGCCAAGUCCUUCAUAACAGAGGUCGUGGAGACCAAUUUGGUUGCCUUUGACUGCCACUGGAUCAUUAUAAAUGAGGAGAUAAGCGAUGCAGAUGUGCAGGAGCUGGUGAGAAGGUCAAUUGGACGCUUAACAAUUAUCCGUCAGACGUUUCCAGUGCCCCAAAACAUAAGCCAGCGCUGUUUCCGUGGCAACCACAGAAUAUCUUCAUCACUGUGUGAUCCCAAGGACCCUUUCUCCCAGAGCAUGGAGAUUUCAAACCUGUAUAUAUAUGACACUGUCCUGCUCUUGGCCAACGCCUUCCACAAGAAGCUGGAGGACAGGAAGUGGCACAGCAUGGCCAGCCUCACCUGCAUCAGGAAGAACUCCAAGCCCUGGCAAGGAGGAAGAUCAAUGUUGGAAACCAUCAAGAAGGGAGGAGUGAAUGGCUUGACUGGAGACCUGGAAUUUGCAGAAAAUGGGGGAAAUCCCAACGUGCACUUCGAAAUCUUGGGGACAAAUUACGGAGAAGAUCUUGGCAGAGGCAUCCGUAAGCUUGGCUGCUGGAAUCCUGUCACUGGUCUGAACGGGUCACUAACAGACAGAAAGUUGGAGAAUAAUAUGCGAGGAGUGGUUCUGCGGGUGGUGACUGUACUGGAAGAGCCCUUUGUCAUGGUGUCUGAAAAUGUCCUGGGCAAACCAAAGAAGUAUCAGGGCUUCUCAAUCGACGUGCUGGAAGCCUUGGCCACUUACCUUGGCUUCAAAUAUGAAAUCUAUGUUGCUCCAGAUCACAAGUAUGGAAGUCCUCAGGAUGAUGGCUCAUGGAAUGGGUUGAUUGGAGAACUGGUAUUCAAGAGAGCUGAUAUAGGGAUCUCUGCCCUAACCAUCACACCUGACAGGGAAAAUGUGGUGGACUUCACAACACGUUACAUGGACUACUCCGUGGGCGUCCUGCUUCGAAAGGCAGAGAAGACAGUGGACAUGUUUGCCUGCUUGGCACCUUUUGACCUUUCCCUGUGGGCUUGCAUAGCUGGCACUGUGCUCUUGGUGGGGCUACUGGUAUACCUCUUGAACUGGCUCAACCCUCCACGCCUUCAGAUGGGAUCCAUGACUUCCACAACCCUCUACAACUCCAUGUGGUUCGUGUACGGAUCCUUUGUACAACAAGGAGGAGAGGUUCCAUACACAACCCUGGCAACCCGACUGAUGAUGGGAGCUUGGUGGCUUUUUGCUUUGAUUGUCAUCUCCUCCUACACGGCAAACCUAGCAGCUUUCCUCACCAUCACACGCAUUGAGAACUCCAUCCAGUCUCUGCAGGACCUCUCCAGGCAGACGGAUAUUCCUUACGGCACUGUCUUCGACUCUGCGGUCUACGAGCACGUCCGAGUGAAAGGCAUGAAUCCCUUUGAGAGGGACAGCAUGUAUUCCCAGAUGUGGAGGAUGAUUAACAGAAGUAAUGGCUCAGAGAACAACGUCUUGGAGUCGACUGCAGGCAUUCAGAAGGUGAAGUAUGGAAAUUAUGCCUUCGUGUGGGAUGCUGCAGUGCUGGAGUAUGUGGCCAUCAACGAUGCAGAGUGCUCCUUUUACACAGUUGGGAACACUGUGGCAGACAGAGGAUACGGGAUCGCGCUGCAACAUGGCAGCCCCUACCGAGAUGUCUUCUCACAAAGGAUUCUGGAGCUGCAGCAGAACGGCGACAUGGACGUGCUGAAGCAUAAGUGGUGGCCAAAGAACGGUCAGUGUGACCUUUACUCAUCUGUGGAUACCAAACAGAAAGGAGGUGCCCUGGACAUAAAAAGCUUUGCAGGUGUUUUCUGCAUCCUCGCUGCUGGGAUUGUCCUGUCCUGCUUGAUUGCAAUGUUGGAAACAUGGUGGAAUAAAAGGAAAGGCUCCCGGGUUCCAUCGAAAGAGGAUGACAAAGAGAUCGACCUCGAGCACCUCCACCGGCGCGUGAACAGCCUCUGCACAGACGACGACAGUCCCCAUAAACAGUUCUCCACCUCGUCCAUUGAUUUGACCCCGCUGGACAUUGACACUUUACCUACACGCCAGGCACUGGAGCAAAUCAGUGACUUCAGAAACACUCACAUCACCACCACCACCUUCAUACCCGAGCAGAUCCAGACUCUGAGCCGCACGCUGUCUGCUAAAGCCGCUUCGGGUUUCUCCUUCGGCAGCGUGCCCGAGCACCGAACUGGCCCUUUCAGGCACAGGGCCCCCAAUGGGGGCUUCUUCAGGAGCCCCAUCAAAACAAUGUCGUCCAUCCCUUACCAACCAACUCCUUCUCUGGGGCUCAAUAUCGGUAGCGACCCAGACCGAGGCACCUCAAUCUGA